CUUUUGAGACCCCGCAAGAGGCCCAUACAAAUAUAUACAUAAAUGCUUAUGUAUGAGUGCACAGAAAACACAGACCCUGGUUUUUGAUAGAAAGAGUGAGAGACUGGGAGAGAAGUUUACUGGGGAAUGCCAGGAUGACAAGUACAGGAUCAGCAACAGGACCUGCAACACCAACAAAGUUCAUCAAAUGUGUGACUGUAGGGGAUGGAGCUGUGGGGAAGACAUGUCUUCUCAUCUCCUACACAAGCAACACUUUCCCAACUGAUUAUGUUCCUACCGUUUUUGAUAAUUUCAGUGCCAAUGUCAUGGUUGACGGCCAAACUAUCAAUUUGGGUCUCUGGGAUACUGCUGGUCAGGAAGACUAUAAUAGACUAAGACCUCUCAGUUACAGAGGUGCCGAUGUUUUCAUCCUAGCUUUUUCCCUCAUUAGUAGGCCUAGCUAUGAAAACAUAUCAAAAAAAUGGGUUCCGGAGCUGAGACAUUAUGCCCCUUCAGUGCCUAUUGUUCUUGUAGGGACAAAACUAGAUUUGAGAGAAGACAGACAGUUCCUUUUGGAUUAUCCAGGUGCAUGUACCAUUUCUACAGAACAGGGGCUUGAACUAAAGAAGCAAAUAGGUGCAUUGGCCUAUGUAGAAUGCAGCUCAAAGACGCAACAGAAUGUGAAGACUGUCUUUGAUGCUGCUAUCAAGGCAGUUCUCCAGCCACCGAAAUCAAAGAAGCAUAAGAGAAGGCACAGAGUCUGCUAUGUUCUCUGAACUAUUCCCACUAAAAUCAUUAUUAUUGUUGCUGAUUAUCUUUAUUUUUUUGCAGUUUUUGUCCAUAUUUUGUUUUUAUUUUCUAGCUCUAUGGUGUGAUUUCUUCAUUUUGUGUGGUGGGAUGACUCUUUUUUUUUCUUUUCCUUUAUUGAUCUCUACUUGGAUUGAUCCUAUGCAAAUAUAUUAACAAA